UCGGAGCGACAAGGCGCUCAGUGGGCGGCCGGAGAGGGAAGAUGGACGCAGCUACUCUGACCUAUGACACACUCCGAUUUGCCGAGUUUGAAGAUUUCCCGGAGACCUCGGAGCCCGUUUGGAUACUGGGCAGGAAGUACAGCGUGUUCACAGAAAAGGAUGAGAUCUUAUCCGACGUGGCGUCUAGACUGUGGUUUACGUACCGGAAGAACUUCCCAGCCAUCGGGGGCACCGGCCCCACCUCGGACACGGGCUGGGGCUGCAUGCUCCGCUGCGGACAGAUGAUCUUCGCCCAGGCCCUGCUGUGCCGGCACCUGGGCCGAGACUGGAGGUGGGCGCAGCGGAAGAGGCAGCCGGACAGCUACUUCCACGUCCUCAACGCGUUCAUCGACCGGAAGGACAGUCACUACUCCAUCCACCAGAUAGCGCAAAUGGGAGUUGGCGAGGGCAAGUCCAUCGGCCAGUGGUACGGGCCCAACACGGUUGCCCAGGUUCUCAAGAAGCUCGCUGUCUUCGACACGUGGAGCGCCCUGGCCGUCCACGUAGCCAUGGACAACACGGUGGUGAUGGAAGACAUCAGGAGGCUGUGCAGGAGCAGUCUGCCCUGCGCAGGGGCCGCUGCGUUCCCGGCGGAUUCCCAAGGGCACUGCAACGGCUUCCCUCCGCGGGCUGAGGUCGCCCCCAGGCCGUCCCCGUGGAGGCCCCUGGUGCUCCUCAUCCCCCUGCGCCUGGGGCUCACGGACAUCAACGAGGCCUACGUGGAGACGCUGAAGGGCUGCUUCAUGAUGCCUCAGUCCCUGGGAGUGAUCGGAGGGAAGCCCAACAGCGCCCACUACUUCAUCGGCUACGUGGGUGAGGAGCUCAUCUACCUGGACCCCCACACGACGCAGCCGGCGGUGGAGUUCACCGACAGCCGCUCCAUCCCGGACGAGAGCUUCCACUGCCGGCACCCGCCCAGCAGGAUGGGCAUCGGGGAGCUGGACCCAUCCAUCGCCGUGGGCUUCUUCUGCGCAACGGAGGACGACUUCGGGGACUGGUGCCAGCAGGUCAGGAAGCUGUCGCUGCUUGGAGGUGCCCUGCCCAUGUUUGAGCUGGUGGAGCAGCAGCCUUCCCACCUGGCCUGCCCCGACGUCCUGAACCUGUCCUUGGAUUCUUCUGACGUGGAGCGACUUGAGAGAUUCUUUGACUCAGAAGACGAGGACUUUGAAAUCCUGUCCCUUUGAAAAUCCUGGAGUUGGGGGAUGUCUCGACUGGUUCUUGCUGGAGGCGCCUUCAAGAGCUCAGCCCAGCCUCUGGGUGCCCAGUGCCACCGCCUUUUAUCCAUCCUGCCCGCCGCCCGUGCCCGCCGCCUCUGCCCUCGACGGGGCCGCACUGUGCUCAAGACCUCCCCGCGGGAGGGACGGCCCGGCCCGGGGGAGAGCAGGAGCCGCUGGGAGCAGCGAGCGGCCGGUCGCGGAGCAUCUGCGUCGCCUCCACCCUGCUUCCUGCAGCCUCUCGGUCUGGGUUAGCUUUGGAAUUAAAGUCCUGUUUGAAGUCACUCGACAGACACGCAUUUCUGUUGGGCCUGUCCUGGGUCCAGGAAGACUGGAUGGAGGCCGAGGGAGGCGCGGCCCUGGGACUGGGCCUGCGCGCCCUCCGCCAGCAGCCCCGCCCACGGCUCCUCCAGGGCUGCCCAGUGCGAGAAGGGUGACCUGGCUUCUCCGGGCUCUGGGGCGAGAAGCAGCAGAGGGUGGGGCCUGGUGCCGCGCAGAGGCGCCCCCCCACGUGUGGCUCGACCCAGCUGCAGGUAAAGCCCGAGUGGGCUCACCUUCCUCACUGCCUCCUGGUUCCGGCAUUUUGAGACUUCCACGCACCAUCGCUUGCUUGUCACGCCACCUCCCCCUGGGUGGGCGGUGUUGGCGGCUGGGUGGGGAGCUGCCUUCACCUGCGACCUCCAGGCUCACAUGGACUUCAAGGGUCGCAGAACUGCCCUCCUGGUCCCUGAGGCUUCAGAUGGUUUGGGGCUAGGGAGCGAAUCCUGCUCGCGGUGCAGGGCAGGCACCCCAUCUCUCGUCACGCCACCUGGACACACUUCCAGACUCUUCGCAGCACUGACAGACAGCAGCACCUGCCGCCCUGAACCCAGCUGUCGGGCCCAGAGCGUGUGGCUCCCACGCAGAAUUCGUGUCCUGGAGAGUGGUCUCCGUGGGACCCGGGACCUGGGGGCUCGGGGGGCGGGGCAGUCUUCUACUCGGGGGCCAUCCUUGCGGAGCCCCUCCCGCCCUCGGUGUCGGCACGUGUAGAGACAGUGGGCGGGUCCCACCUGGUAGCCGAGGACACCCCGGCCCCCGGGCACUGUUGAUGUAAGUUAUUUUGCCCUCCCUUUCUCCCCCUCUGCCCCUGAGGCCGGAGGGAGGCUGGGUGGUCUCCGUUCCUCCAGCUGCAUCUUGCAAAGGCGCGGCCCAGCCCGCAGGGCCAGGAGCUCUCGCUGCAGCCCCUGGGGGGGUGCGAGCGCUGGAAGGGGUGACAGCCUGACCAAAGGGGAGCCGAGUGGUUUGAAAAGGCUCACUGGAGACAGUGUUGUCCGUCCUUAGUUUGAGGUUGAGGCGAAUAAUAAGUUUCAAUAGAAAACA